AUGUCUCUCUCCCUCCAUUUGUCCGGAUGGCCGGAGAACUCGGAGAGCCGUCAACGGAUGCUUGAAAGCUCUUCGAGCACCAAUUUCGUUCAGCAUUUUGUCUCCAGAGAGGUGUCCAACAAGGAGCGACUGCUAUGUCUGUUGCGUCGAAUGAAGAAUGGAUUGGUUCUCGUUCUGACGCCAUUAUUAUUUGGACAAAUGCUGUGGUGGGAAGGACCGGAAUGGAGAUGUGCUUAUUGCGUGUGCAUCAUUGCAAUUUACUGGAUGUCCGAAGUGAUGCCUUUGGCUGUAACUGCAAUGUUACCCGUGGUUCUAUUCCCUUUGGUUGGAGUACUUGAUGCCAACACUACAGCUAAGGAAUAUAUGAAUGACACAAACUUCCUGUUCAUCGGAGGUCUAAUUAUGGCUGCAGCUGUUGAGAAGUGUGAUCUACAUGAACGUGUCGCCCUUUCAGUUUUACGAUUAGUAGGAAGCGAGCCGAAAUGGAUCAUGCUUGGUUUUAUGACAGUCACUGCAUUGCUUAGCAGUUUUAUCUCGAACACUGCCACCACUGCAAUGAUGGUUCCAAUUGGGCAAAGUGUAGUACAACAGUUGAUUUCCUCCUUCCAACACCAUCCAACAAAUGGAGAACGCGGACGUCAAGGAUGCAAGAAAAUGGCAACAGGACUCGUUCUUUCCAUCUGCUUCGCUGCGAAUAUUGGAGGAACAGGAACCGCUACUGGAACACCAAGUAAUCUGGUCAUGUUGGGACAACUCAAUGCGCUUUUCCCGAAAGUCGAUGGAUCUCUGAACUACGUCACCUGGAUUUUCUUCGCCUAUCCUUUGAUGCUUCUGUGUCUCGGAGUGGCAUGGGCAACACUGGUUUGGUUCUUCUUGAGAGAUGCCCCAGAGAAAGACGAAGCUGUCACCGAAAUGCUGAAUACCAGAUAUCGGGAACUGCCAAGAAUGACCUAUGCUGAGAAGUCGGUCUUCGUCUGUUUCUGUAUCCUCCUCUCCCUUUGGAUCUUCCGUAACCCUGGAAUCGUUCCUGGAUUCAGUGUAUUCUUCAAAAAAGGAGCCUAUACUGAUGCCACGUCUGCAAUGAUUGUCUCCUUCUUACUCUUCGUUCUUCCAUCGGAGAAGCCCGACAUCGCAAGUUACAUCAAAAAGGAAGAUUUAAAGAAAAGAGGAUGUCUGAUGGAUUGGAAAACAAUGCAGGAAACAUUUCCAUGGAGUGUCGUCCUUCUUUUGGGAGGAGGAUUCGCUUUGGCUGCUGGAGUUAAGGAAUCGGGAUUGUCUCUUUUGAUUGGCACCAGUCUUUCUUCAAUCGAACAUCUUCCAUUAUGGAUUCUUCAACUUUUGACUAUGCUCAUCGCUAUGGUCAUUACCAAUAUCUGCUCCAAUACUGUGACUGCUUCCAUUUUUGUUCCAAUCGUAGCUACACUUGCUCAGAGAGCAGGACAUCAUCCAUUCACUUUAAUGCUUCCGACAACGUUGGCUUCUUCAUUUGCCUUCAUCUUCCCUGUUGGAACUCCCCCAAAUGCGAUUGUCUUCGGAAGUGGAAUGGUCAAAGUAUCAGAUAUGGCGUUCGUUGGUGGCAUCAUCUCAAUUGAACUUCUGAUUCUGACAGUCAUGUACAUGAACAGUAUUGCAUACUUAACUCUUCCACUUCUCGAGUUUCCAACAUGGGCGGUAAUCGUCAACAGUACAGUGACACCAUAA